CCAUGCCGAUUCUUCCCUCCCAAUUCGCCUCCUCGAUUUCUCCUCUUCAAAUCCAACCAAGAAACGCAAAAGCUUCUCCUUUUCUUCUUCUUCGUCUUCGUCCCCGGCCAAAUCAAUCUUGGUUGUGAGCAUCUCGGCAGCUCGAGAGAGGUAGCAAUUAAGCGUAGGCUAGCCAUGGCGUUGACGCUGCGGUCAUCCACGUCGUUCCUGUCGCCGCUCGACCCGACCUCCAAGCUACACAAGGCGGCGGCCGGGGAGGACGCGCCGCCGUGCUGCGUCUCCGUCCCGCCGGCGCCGGCGGCGAGCGCCACCACGCGCAGGCUGCGGCUCGCCAGGGCGGCGCCGGCCGAGCACGCGGCGGGGACGGCGGGGGGUCCCGAGGCGGCGGUGCUGCGCCUGCACGGGGGCGGGGGCGGGCACGGUGGAGGCGGGCUGCGGAGGGGGACGCCGGUGUACGUGAUGCUGCCGCUGGACACGGUGGGGCCGGGGGGCCAGCUGUCGCGGGCGCGGGCGCUGGCGGCGAGCCUGAUGGCGCUGCAGAGCGCCGGCGUGGAGGGGGUGAUGGUGGACGUGUGGUGGGGCGUGGUGGAGCGGGACGGCCCCGGCCGCUACGACUGGGCGGCCUACGGCGAGCUCGUCCGCAUGGUGGAGCGCGCCGGCCUCCGCCUCCAGAUGGUCAUGUCCUUCCACCAGUGCGGCGGCAACGUCGGCGACUCCUGCCACAUCCCGUUGCCGCCAUGGGUGGUGGAGGAGAUGAGCUCGAACCCGGACAUCGUGUACACGGACAGGUCCGGCCGCCGCAACCCAGAGUACAUCUCCCUCGGCUGCGACGAGCUGCCGUUGCUCAACGGCAGGACGCCCGUCCAGGUCUACUCAGACUACAUGCGCAGCUUCCACGACACAUUCCGCGACUAUCUCGGCAACGUCAUCGUGGAGAUCCAAGUAGGGUUGGGGCCCUGUGGUGAGCUGAGAUAUCCUUCGUAUCCUGAGGCCAAUGGAACAUGGCGUUUCCCGGGCAUCGGCGAGUUCCAAUGCUAUGACAAGUACAUGAGGGCGUCGCUGCAGGCGGCGGCGGAGGCGGCGGGGCACGAGGAGUGGGGGAGGGGCGGGCCGCACGACGCCGGCGAGUACAAGCAGUUCCCGGAGGAGACGGGGUUCUUCCGGCGGGACGGGACGUGGAGCACCGAGUACGGCGCGUUCUUCCUGGAGUGGUACUCCGGGAUGCUGCUGGAGCACGGCGACCGCGUGCUGGCCGCCGCCGAGGCCGUCUUCCGCGGCACCGGCGCGGCGCUGUCGGCCAAGGUCGCCGGCAUCCACUGGCACUACCGGACGCGGUCCCACGCGGCGGAGCUCACGGCGGGGUACUACAACACGCGGCACCGGGACGGGUACGCGCGCAUCGCGGCGAUGCUGGCGAGACGCGGCGCGGUGCUCAACUUCACGUGCAUGGAGAUGCGGGACGAGCAGCAGCCGGGGCACGCCGGGUGCGCGCCGGAGCUGCUGGUGCAGCAGGUGAGGGCGGCGGCGCGGGCGGCCCGCGUGGGGCUCGCCGGCGAGAACGCGCUGGAGCGGUACGACGAGGCGGCGUUCGCGCAGGUGGUGGCCACCGCGGCGAGCGCCGGGCUGAGCGCGUUCACGUACCUGCGCAUGAACAAGAAGCUGUUCGACGGCGACAACUGGCGGCACUUCGUGUCGUUCGUCAAGGCCAUGGCCGACGGCGGCGAGAGGGCGGCUCUGCCGAGCUGCGACACGGAGCAGUCGGACCUCUACGUCGGCUUCCUCGACGCCGCCGCCAAGGGGACGAGGACGCCGGAGGCCGAGGCCGCCGCCGCCGCCGUGUAGUAGCGCGGCGAGCCGCGCUGCCGUUGUGUAUAAGCAAGUGUAUAUAUGAUGAUGAUGCAGGGAGCUUGCAGGUUGCAGAGUUUUAUAGUCAGUAACCGAGCAAGCAUUUGUAGUUCAUACUUAGGCCAUCAAAGAUUUUUUUGGUCAGAUUUCAAAUUGUACUCAAAUUUGGCAGCUGUGGAACUGCCCACCAUGUCAUAAACUUCACUUAGCCGGAAUAAGUUGCAAGGCAAUAGUUAAAACCGUAGCUAUUUCAGCAGUACAUAAAUUUGGGUUUUGUUUGUUCAAAAGAGCAUCCUGUGAUAGGGUAUGGAUUUGGGCCACUGUCAAUUUUUAUGUUGAAGGUAUGAAUAGUUCAUACUUAGGCCAUCUAAGUCCUUUUUGGUCAAAUUUCAAA